GGUAUCUUUUGUCCUUGAGAUUGAUUCGCAAGUACACAUCUGGACCGGUUCAAACAUUAAAUUUCGGCCCACAUAAUGGCCCAGCCCAAAGAGGCAACAUCAUCUUCUGAGCGCGUUUUCCAUCUGACAUAAUCAUAUUCAAAUAUUCACAGCGGAAAUGAAGUUAGAGAACCAUAUGAUCAUCAUCAUCAUCAUAAAUUCAUAAUAAUAAAUAUUAAUUUUAUUCAUUGAAAAUCAGUAAUGGACCCUCACUUUCUCUAGGAAAAAAAUAAACAAAAAUUUAAAGAAAUACUAAUAAACAACGAAUCAAAUUUGCUGCCUCUGACAAUCGAACAAGUCUUGUUGAUUUUUCUUCUUGGGGCGGAUCAUAAUUUAGAACCGCCCGAAAACUUCGGAUCCUCUCUCUCUCUCUCUCUCCAAUGGCUCUGAUGCGAACCAGGAGCCAAUUGAACGUAUCUUCAUUGACUCCACCACCACCUCCUCCGUCUCCAAUCCCUAGAGCCAGAGGAUCUCGUUGCGCUGCCAGCGAGAUUCUCACCGAGAUCAUUGAGCGAUCGGUUCAGGUUCCUGAGCUCACGCUUCCGGAAUCUCAUUCUGGAGGUGAAUCUUGCGGUUCACGUCAUCUGAUCCCGGCGGAGAUUGAUUUCCGGUUAUUGGCGUCGAGGAGAGAAGGUUCCGUGGAUCGGUUGGUGCGAUCGGCGAGAGAGUUUGGAGCGUUUCGUGUGAGUUAUCAUGGGAUAUCGGGGGAGGAGCUGAGGUCUCUUGUGAGGGAAUCGGGUCGGGUUUUCGGAGUUUUGGAGGGAAGAGACACCGGCUUUCACCGGAGUGUUGUCGGAAACAGGGACGAGAUCGUGUGGGUACGGUCGUGGAAAGAGCGCAUGGAAUGGGCGCGCGAGUAUAUCGGACCGGAAAGAUACCGCUGCUUCAGCCAAGAAAUGGAGAAUGUAGCUGAUAAACUUGAAGAGAUAGCGAGGAAACUAGGGCAGAUAAUGGUAGAGAACUCAAGAAAACAAAGUGACAAGAGGAUACAAAGAGGAGAAUCUGUACUCAGCGUUUACAGGUACAAUCAUGAAAACGUAACUGAGCAAAGCCCUCCUUUGCCGAAAGAGAGGACCGAAGAAAUGCUUCAUUACACAUUCAGCCUUCACCUUCCGGCUAAGAACUGCGAGUUCCGCGUCAACUCAGGGAAAGGUCCACUUUCUUUCCAUGCUGAUCCCGACACUAUCCUUGUCACUUUUGGUCGUCAGCUUGAGGAUUGGAGUUUAGGAGAAUUCAAAUGUCGUCAAGGAGAAAUCAUCUAUCAUCCAGAUGCGUAUGGCUCGCCCACUUCCUUCUCCGUAGAGCUCAAGUGCAUGUCUCUUUUCUUAUCACACACUUCUAUCGCAACAACUUCCAAAACCUUCUCUUUAACCCAUCAGAUUUUCACUGCUUUCCUCCUACUUUUUUUCUUCCAAUGUUUUUGGAUUUAUGGAUCAAAAGUGGCCCCUUAGAAUAUUCAUAUAUGUAUAUUUUCUUUUCGUGGGAGGCAUGCGUGCAUUUGAAUCUUGGAUGAUCAACCGGUAAAGUGUGUUUAUCUAUUAGGUGGAAGCUUCGGUUGUAUAUGUAAACCUUAUACAUAAAAUUUGUUGCUCCUUAAAAAAAGUAUGCCAAUAUAGAAUUGAGUUUUACUUGAUCGACUUUUGAAACGCAAAA